AUGGAGAAUACAGAUGAAAGUUCUGCCGAUAUAAAGGGUUUUAAUCUGAACCCUUCUAAUACCAGUAAUCCCCUGCUGAUCCCGGACGAAGUCAGCGUGAAGUUUGACCCAAACGCCUUGUAUUAUGACAUGAGCGGUGAUAAAUACCUCAUUAUAUUGAACCAGCACACGUUCAAGAAAACUAUAUAUUUUCAAAACAAGCAACCAUCAACAAGAAAUGGUACUGACAAUGACGUGAAGAGUUUGAAAGCCAUAUUCGGGAACCUAGGAUUCGAGGUCAUCGUCCAUAGAGACCUGGAAUAUUCAGACAUUAUCAAAAAUCUAACUGCAAUUGCUUCCAAAGACCACUCGAAGACUUCUUGCAUCUGUAUCACAAUCCUCACGCAUGGUGACAAGGGAGGCGAGGUCCACGCGGCAGACCGGCCGUAUUUGCUGACAGAUAUCAUGGCCAUCUUCGAGAAACAGCUGAGCCUCGUCAACAAACCGAAGUUAUUCUUUGUUCAGGCUUGCAGAGGCGCCAAUAUGGACGCUGGUAACACUGUAGCUCUGGACAGUCAGAGCGACAGUGUGCUGACUAUACCCACACACGCUGACUUCCUCGUGCUGUGCUCCACUGUGGAAGACCACCUGUCCUACCGAGACAUGUACGGCUCCUGGAUGAUCCAAGCCCUCUGCCAUGUCAUCAAGGAACAUCACGAAGACCUGGACCUGCUCCACAUGAUCACGCUCACGAACAGGAAGGUAGCUUACGAGAGGAGCACCUAUACACCUUCAAAUAGGGCAAUGAAUAAUAAAAAACAGAUGCCAGAGACGAGAUUCACUCUCACCAAGUUGUUGAAAUUUUGA